AUGCGCGCUCGAGAAGCCUGCUCACCAGAUAUCGUGGAGUCUGGCAAGAUGGCUUCUCCCAAGAGCAUGCUGAAAGAUGCACAGGUGAUGGCACAAAUCCUGAAGGAUAUGCGGAUUACAGAAUAUGAACCAAGAGUUAUAAAUCAGAUGUUGGAGUUUGCCUUCCGAUAUGUGACCACAAUUCUAGAUAAUGCAAAAAUUAAUUCAAGUCAUGCUAAGAAAGCUACUGUUGAUGCAGAUGGUUUGCGAUUGGCAAGCCAGUGUCAUGCUGACCAGUCUUUUACGUCUCCUCCCCUGAGACAUUUUUUAUUAGAUAUUUCAAGGCAAAGAAAUCAAACCCCUUUGCCACUGAUCAAGCCAUAUUCAGGUCCUCAAUUGCCACCUGAAAGGUAUUGCUUGACUGCUCCAAAUUACAGACUUAAGUCUUUACAAAAAAAAAAAAAGGCAUCUACUUCUUCAGGAAGAAUCACAAUUCCGCGGUUAAGUGUUGGUUCAGUUACUAGCAGACCAAGUACUCCCACGCUUGGCACACCAACCCCACAAACCAUGUCUGUUUCAACUAAAGUAGGGAUGCCUGUGUCCCUCCCAGGGCAAAGGUUCACAGUACAGAUGCCCAGUUCACAAUCCCAAGCUGUAAAAGCAUCAAUUCCUGCAACGUCAGCAGUUCAGAAUGUUGUAAUUAAUCCAUCAUUAAUUGGGUCCAAAAAUAUUCUUAUUACCACUAACAUGGUGUCAUCACAAAAUACUGCCAAUGAAGCAUCAAGUGCAUUGAAACGAAAACGUGAAGAUGAUGACGGUGACGACGGUGAUGACUGA